UGUAGCAUAACAAAUAAUAAAAAUGCUUUAUUAACAUUUACCUUUUGUUUGUAUUUUUUUCUUAUUGUGUCAAAGCUCGUAGGAUAAAAAAAUGGCGCCAAACACACAUCAUUUGCAUUUGUCAUUCCACCAAAGUCCUGUCUCUGUCUUUUCUACUUAUUUAUUACAAUUAUAAAUAUGGAUUGUGCACCGCCACUCGAACUAAACAAAUGUACUCCAGAUGAUUUCGUAGCAAACCAGGAAACAUAUUUAAAACACUUGGAUAAUUACUCCAACUGGGAUCAAAUACCAUUACUAAACCAUGGUUCAAUUUAUUAUCCUGAUAAGUCCCUGGUGCGAUUCCGGGGGAUGAUUCAGGAUAUGUAUAAUCCUGAAAUAUAUCUAGAAAAUUAUGAAGUCAUUGAUGCUGGCGGCAACAAGAAAAUACUUAGUGGGAAAUAUAAAGAUAUAAACAGCUGUGCUGAUAAUGAAAAAUUCAAUCACGGUUCAGAUAAAAAUAUCAAUGGUGAGCGACAGACUUUAUUUGUAAUUUCUGUGCCCGGUUUGAGCAACUGGGUUUGUGAUAACGAGCAAGCAAAUAUUAAAACUAAUAAAACUGUUGCAACAACUGUCAUACCUGAGACCUCUGAUUUAAAAAGAAACCUGGAUGAUGAUGAGUCACCAAUAAGUGAAGAUAAAUGUUUAAGUCCUCCAAUAGCAGACUCUUUGAAUAAAAUUAAAAUCACCACAAAAGAUGAAAACGAGACAAAGACAUCCUUGGAAUACAUACUUAACUCACCUAUUCCUGAUAAGCUUAACAAAGCUUGCAUUGUAAAGAUCUACGACAACUUUGAUAGCUACAAAGUGAAUGAGAUUGUAGACGUCAUAGGAUUUUUAUCAAUAGAUCCUGCUUGUUACUGUGGGGAUGAAAAUAUGUGCGAGAACCAAGCUGAUAAUUUACCACCUUCUGUAGUACCUCGUUUGCAUGCAAUAUGCAUUAAACAAAUUGCACACUGCAAUCCUUUACUAUCCAACAGUUUUUCUGCACAACCGUUUGAAGAUGCUUAUAAAAACUUGCACAAAGCCCUGACACACACUUUGUUCGGCGAUGAAUUAGCAGCAGAGUAUACAAUUUUUUACUUGCUAAGCAGAGUAUUUGCAAGACAUGACAUCACAUUAGUUGGCAGUUAUUGUUUAAACAUAACAAAUUUACCAUCUGCAAACAAAAUGAAGAAUAUUAAAUUAUAUUUAAAACAUAUCUUUGACCUUCUGAGUUCUUUGUUGCCUGUUAGUCAUUCCAUGUCUUUAACUAUUGAUGAAUUAAAUACAGCUAUGUUUGUGCCAAAGAAAGAUUACAAUACGGAUCGUUUAGUAGCAGGUCAAUUACAAUUGGCAAAUGGUACAAAUCUAUUUAUUGAAGAAAUAAGUUUAGAAGAAGGGAAAUUAAAUCAAGCUGGAAUCAUGAAUUUGCAAGCUUUGAAGAGUGUUAUACGAGACCAGUUGAUAAAAUAUGAUUUUCAGUAUUAUCAUGUUGAUUUUCAAUGUGAUAUUCCUGUAUUAGUAUUUAGCGAGGGCAAAAGUAUUCUGGAUAUUAAAAACCAAGUUCCUUUGGAGAUAGAUGAAAACAUCAGGGACAACUUUGAAAAUAUUUUACCAGCUGUUAAACAAUUUUUAAGUAAUGAAACUAUGGAUCUCAUUAGAUGUUAUUUAACAAUCAUGAAAUACUCAGAAUUUGAAGUUAAUCAGGAAUUGCAUGAGAUUAUAGAAAAUGAUUUUGUGAACUUACUGCAAGAACCAGGAAUGACUCCAGAAGAUCUACACUCAUAUUUAACACUGGCCAGAUUGUAUAGUUUAUCCCGAGGUCUAAGGCAUUUAACAAAAGACUCCUGGCAAGCAGUUAAAGAUCUUGAGACUAAAAGAAGAUCUAGAAUCAAAGCACCCAAACACACUGUCGAAAUGUGAAUGUGUUAUAAAGUGAUUUCAUUACUUGUGAUAUAUUUAACUUUGUUUU